GCAGCUGGUGGGAAGAGAGAAGCUGGUGGCCUUCCUCUGUUCCAUCUGUACCUUUGAAAGGACUUCACUGAAUGCAGUGCACAGCAGGAAGAUUGAAAAAUGCUACUACACUCAGGAAAAUUGCACUUUGAAAUCUGUCCAUUGAACUGACGCCGAGAGGAUGGAUUGGAAGAUGUACUGCUCACUACUGAGAUCCAUAGCCAAGAUUCCCAAACUGCUUUCGUGACGACCUGUGAGACAGCACCACCUGCUAUUUUAAUGCUCCCAGUUUUUAAUGCAGAUUUCAGACACUUCUGAAGUACUUUGAAAAUGAGUGUCCUUCUGAUUGAACCCUUUUAUGGUGGCUCCCACAAACAGCUGAUGGAUCUUCUCCAGGAAGAGCUACAAGAAGAUUGUGUCCUCUUCACACUCCCAGCCAAGAAGUGGCAUUGGAAGGCACGGACUUCUGCUCUUUAUUUCAUGCAAACGGUGCCAACAAGUUCUAAUUACAGGAUCCUCUUUGCAAGCUCGGUGCUUAACCUGGCUGAACUUGCUGCCCUCCGACCUGACCUUGGCAAAUUGAAAAAGGUCCUCUACUUCCAUGAGAACCAAUUGGCAUAUCCUGUCCAGAAAAGCCAGGAAAGGGAUUUUCAGUAUGGAUACAACCAGAUUCUUUCUUGUUUGGUUGCUGAUGUUGUGGUGUUCAACUCUGCUUUUAAUAUGGAGUCCUUUCUUAAAUCCAUUGGAAAAUUUAUGAAGCUGAUUCCUGACCACAGACCUAAGGAUUUGGAAAAAAUAAUCAGACCGAAGUGCCAAGUUCUUUAUUUUCCAGUCAGGUUUCCUGAUGUGAGCAGGUUCAUGCCAGAGCAUAAACUUGCCCGUUUGGAAAAGGUAAUUGGUGUUAAAAGGAAUGGAGAUGCUUAUCAGUCCGAGGGGCUGCCUGGCCAGCAGGAGAGCAGGGCUGUAAUGAAAACCAGUGAUGUACAUCCUGAGUCUGGACUUUGUGAGCCCCAGCCUGGACUCUGCACCACACAGCACGAGGGGUUGCCCUCCCCACCAGCUGCCCCAGUCCAGGCUGAAGCACCAGAAAGUACAAAUCCUUGUCAAGGGGAAGAUAAGCAAUGUCUGACUUUUAACCUCUCUAAUAUCUUGAGUGGACUGGACUAUCAGCAACGACCUCUGCACAUUGCCUGGCCUCACAGGUGGGAACAUGACAAAGAUCCUGAAACUUUCUUUAAAGUCCUGAUGAAGCUGAAAGAGCAAGAUCUGUCUUUCCAAGUGUCUGUCCUCGGAGAGACUUUCAGUGAAAUUCCAGAUAUCUUUUCAGAGGCCAGGGAAGUGUUGGGAUCGUCCGUCUUGCACUGGGGGUACUUGCCCAGCAAGGAUGACUAUUUCCAAGCUCUGUGCACAGCUGAUGUUGUCAUCUCCACAGCCAAACACGAAUUCUUUGGUGUGGCAAUGAUCGAGGCUGUGCAUUGUGGCUGUUACCCGCUGUGUCCCAAAGCCUUGGUGUACCCAGAGAUAUUUCCAGCUGAAUAUCUGUAUUCUACACCUGAACAGCUUUUUAAAAGGCUUCAGAAUUUCUGCAAGAGACCAGAUAUUGUAAGGAGACAUCUCUAUAAGGGCGACACGGCCGGGUUUUCUUGGGCAGCGCUCGGCAGUAAAUUCAGGUCUCUGCUCGCAGCAGAACCGAAGGAAGAUUUGUGACAGAUGGGGCUAAGUCACAAACUUGCAGCCUCAGGCAGAAUUGUGGAAGUUUCCAGAGUGUGCCCAUAUUUACCUGAUCAGAGAGAAAAGAAAAUCUGCAGAGGAAGCCGAGCCUGGCUGCUUGUCAUAGCUGACACAGAGCCAUCUGCCACAAACCUGUGGCGGCUUCAGAUCUCCAAUCCCUGCCACCACCCCAGCUCAAAUUAAAUACAGAUUCUUAGAGACGUUAUGAUGGUUACACAUGUCCUCGGCAUCACAUGCAGGAGACUGUUCAAAAAAAAUAUGUGGCCUGUUGUGUAACCGCACUCAUGUAUCCCAUAUGUGGUGCCACAUUGAAUUUCCGGUUGAAUCUGUUUUUAUCCUUUGUACUGGAUGACAUGGUGCCUGAAUUCUUUCUUUUCGCCGACACGAUGGCAGCCAAGCUGCAGCUUCAAACGCUCACACUUGGCUGAGUUUCUACCUAGGUUGCCAGGUUAUCAUUGGAGCCUUAUUGUGUCCUCAAAGGGCCACAGGGCCUGAAAGGAGGAUCCGAAUGCUGCUGGACUAAUUGGGCAGCCAUCUCUGGGUUGUUGGGAGGCAAAGGGCUGCUUGAGCACUUCUCUCUCUCUCUCUCUCUCUCUCUCUCUCUCCUUUUUUUUUUUUUUUUUGCAAAUUAAUGACUCUCUGGCAAAGGGGUUUUUAAGUGAAGGUAUUAAUAAGGGGGUCUGGCAGGUAAUCCCAUGAUUCGUGGAGUUACAUUUGCAUUUAAUUAAUCUUAAAGAAAGCUGAAAGAUAAACAGCUGUAAUUCAAACUAGCAUGGGAAAUAUGCUACAUGGUGCCAUCUAUCCGAUAAAAUGAAAGCCGAGACACUUGUUUUAUUUCUCUCAAGGAUGGAGAACAAACAGAUAACAAUCAAAAUACUUCCAAUAAAAACCAGUAGUUUAAAUGUAAUGGCAGUUCAUCAAGAAUCUUUGCAUCCAGUUGCAAAUACAGUCUUUUAAAGAUAAAUCACUUAUGAUUCCAGUAGUCAAGCUGCAAUAUUUGUUGAUGUAAAAUGUUUUGAAGAUGUAGAUUGUACAAUAAAUUUUUAAUAAAGUGCCCACUGCAAUUUUUAAUUAGCAUAUCUCAUUCAUGUAUAAGUGUGUACAUCUAUCUGUAUGUUUAUCACCGUGCAUAUCCUUGUAUCAGAGUCAAUGAAUGCAAUUGUGUCU